GACUCGGUCCUCGGUCUGUGGGCGGGGCUUCACAGCUGUCAGGGCAAAAGAGGGAUAUUUGUAACUACACACGGCAGUGCUGCAGGGGUCCGGUGAAAGGGGGCCAGGUUAUGCUUGGAGUUACAUGUACAGUUAGUUUAUAGUUUUGACCGAUAUUUUCACAGAUAUGUCGCGGAUAUUAAAACUUCUCCACAGAAAUUUGCGGAGAGAUCUGACCGCGUGUCGAGGAGUUGCUGGAGUUCCUUUGAGGACCAUCAGCUGUACCUCAAGAAAACAAGCUGAGGAAGGGUGAGAAAGCUGCAUCUGCUUCAAAUUUACACUCCUGCUAGAUUGACUCUUUGUUAAACACGCUUUGGAUUUGACGCAUAAUCGUGUAAAACAGCAUUUCAAUUGCUUUUAAUUCGCUUUAAACUUUCACUUACAUGCAAAUAGAUGUUUGUGUACUACGGUGGCCGAGAACCGCCACUGCUGCAAAUAAAAAAGAAUGCAAAAAAUAAAAAAUAAAAAGAAGCUACAAAGGAGGUUACCAAUGAAAAAAAGAAACUGAAGCCCACUGCAAAUAAAAAAAGAAACGUUGCACAUUUUAAAAAAGGCCCAGCGGAAGUUACUGACACACAAAAAAAAGUGGUGAUGAAAACAUGUACAUGACUUGUAGAAUUAUUAAUUUUGGACGUUGAAUCAACUUUGUUGUACAUCAGAGCUUUUUUUAUGUGCAUUGAAAAACCACGGUGGCCGAGAACCACCACUGCUGCAAAAAAAAAAGAUUGUAAAAAAAAAAAGGAACUGUUACGAAAGUUACUGAUGCAAAAAAAGAAACCAAAGCCCACUGCAAAUAAAAAAGAAACAGUGCAGAUAAAAAAAAACUAAGGAAGUUAAUGAUGCAAAAAAAAAGGUGAUGCAAAAAAAAAAUUCUAAUGCAAAAAUAAAAGGAUGCAAAUUAAAAAAGCCACAACGGAAAUUAAUGACGCAAAAAAGUGGUGAUGCAAAAAAAGAAUUCUUACUGCAAAAAUAAAAUGAUGCAAAUAAAAAAAGCCACAACGGAAGUGAGCUGCCGGGGACCAAUAAUGAUGUUGCACCGGUGUUUUACGAUCUAGGCACAUAAAACGAAGGCGAGAAGACGAGCAAAUAAGUUAGUGGAAAUGUUAUUGUUUAAUUUCGCUUUGUAAACUUUUUAAUGUGUCAUUUGGUUAGACCAUGUUGCGCCUGAGUCGAAAUGGUGCUCCAUCACUAUUGGUCCCCGGCAGCUCACUACUGUUGUGGCUUUUUCUGUUUGCAUCCUUUUAUUUUCACAGUAAGUAACUUUUUUUUGCAUCUCCACUUUUUUUUUCGUAUUGUUAACUUGUGGCUUUUUUUAAAUAUCUGCACCGUUUCUUUUUUAUUUGCAGCAGACUUUGGAUUUGUUUGUUUUUUUUGCAUCGGUAACUUCGGCUGUGGCUUCUUUUUUUGCAUUUUUUUUUAUUUGCAGCAGUGGCGGUUCUCAGCCACUGUAUGUACACCUUUUGCAACUAAAUUGACUUUGCAUAACAUGGUCAACACAGAGACAUCUAUAGUGGCAGACAUUUUUAAGCUGUUGCACGUUGUAAACAGGUUGCAGAGGUGCACACCUGCAUGUAAAUGCUGUGAUUGUUCACCUGCAGCCUCUUCUCUCCCUGUUCUGCUCUCCUACAGUGAUGCAUCCACAGUUUUGGGCAAAAGAUGGAAGGACACUGCAGAGACGGUCAUCAUCGGAGGUGGAUGUGUUGGAGUCAGCUUGGCCUAUCACCUGGCUAAAGCUGGUAUGAAGGAUGUGGUGCUGCUGGAGAAGUCAGAGCUGACAGCUGGAUCCACCUGGCACGCUGUAGGUCCAAGAAGUGCCUCUUUUAUUUUAAAUAUGGGUCCAAAGGGUCUUUCUCUUUUCACUACACUUUAACACACCAUAUGCCUUUAAAAACAGGUGAAACAUACUGUGAUUUGUAGAUUUUCAGUAUGAUUAUUGGAUGUCAAGGCCAGAGGUGUUAUGUCACCAGAUUGUUUGUUUUGUCCAAGCGAUGGUCCAAGAUCCAAGUUUAUUCAGGUCAAAGCAACAUUUUGCUGAAUGUCACUAAAGAUAAGGAAAAGCAGCCAAAACUUCCAGUUUAAAGGCUGAUUUAGGUGAAUAUUUAGCAGUUUCAGCUAUCUAUUCAAUAAUCAUUUAUAGCACAAUAACUCUAUGUAUUCCCUGCUACCUCAAUGUCUUGUUAGUUAUAACACUUUGAGGAUAAAAAAAAAGCACAAAUAUUGAUUUUGCUUAUUUAAAAGUUUAUUUUCUUGGUUGUAUAACACUUUAAAUUAAAAAAAGAUGAUAAAAUUGGUGAAAAAUAAUCCAAUCAAGCUCACAGGUCGGUUAAUUCAAGGGUGUUUUUUCCUCGACAGCCUCAUUUAGCUGAGGCUCAUACAGUCGUAGUUUUUCUUCGUCUAUGCGUCGGGGGCGGCUGUUACCGUAUAAGUUGAAAGGCAUCUGAGGUCUUGACCCACUUUCCCUUCACUCAUUCACACACAAGCGCCUCACUGUUACUCUAUAAAUACAUGUUUGACAUGGCAGAGGGGGGCCCUACUCUUACUCGGUUACUGUCUUCAUCUGGAAAGGAGGGGCUGCUCCCUAUCCCAGCAUGCAUUUGGUGAGAGGUAGGGUGGACUGUGCACAUGUGUUGGAAAAUGAAGCACCUGGAAGAAAUCCCACACAUGAUAGGAGACCACAGAAACUCAGCACUCCCAUAUUUUUGUUGCUAAAUAACAUAAAACAAGAGUAAAGAUAAUCGAGGAGUUUUUUACUCAGAGUGUUUUGCUGUUGAUGAGAUCAGUGUUGGGAAAUGUGGCAGUGUCAUAUUUAAGCUAUCUAAGCUAUGCAUGAGAAUGGAUAUCAGACAUGAUAUGAACCUUAUACAUAAUAAAUAUUUCAUGUUUUUGACUGAGAAUUAUAUAAAUAUAUUUUUUUCAUUUCUGCUGAUACCAGUAAUUAACAUUUUGAUAUCAUACUUAUAAUGUCGUGCCUCAUUAAAGCUCUUGUAAGGAGUAUUUUGACAUUUAUGUAAAAGACAAAAAUUCAAACUGAUGCCUACUCAAAACAAACAAAACAAUCAGUGACGAGAUUUAAGAACUUUUCAUCCUAAUUUUUUGUGACUAAAACUGGUGCUGGGGGGUAGGUGUUAGCUGAGAAGCUAAAGAACUAGUCCUGUUUUUACUGUUUCCACAUGAAAUGUUCAUAAUAAAUAAAAUAUUUGACUGUCAAAAGCUCAAACUCGUGGUGCCAAAAACUCGUUUAAAAAACCUGUGGCGACCGAGCUUUUUCGGCUGUGGCGCCCAAAUUGUGGAACAAAUUGCCACUUGAGAUUAAAACAUCCCCCACUCUUUGUACUUUUAAAUCAUGUCUUAAAAGUCAUUUUCAUUCCUUGGCUUUUAGCUCAGCAUUAGAGUUGUGUGAUCUCUGUCCUUUUAUGUCUUUUAUGGUCCUGUUUUCAGCAUUGUCUGUUCUUUUAAUUUUAUUGUGCAGCACUUUGGUAGACCUGAAUGUUUUUUAAAAUGAGCUAUAUAAGCAAAUUGGAUUGGAUUGGUCAAAAGUUGGCAGGAUGUGAAAAUUUGUCAAGAAAGAGAUAUGUAAAAACUGCUUUGACCAGAGGGGGUGCUAAAACCAACUCAAACCAAAAGUUUGACAUAGGGGCUUAAUCCAAGCUGCUAAAACGUCAUGAUGUCAUUUAGCAAAUCAAAGCAUCUUUAUCUAUGUCGAACCAGUAAAGGAUUACCACCAACCUCUGCGCUUUUUGCCUUUUAAGCACAUUUGAGCCCAGCAACCAUCAUGUUUUAGUACGCUCUUGCUACUUGCAAUAGACUUAAAAGCUCCUGUGAGGAACUAUUAAACUCUGUUGGUUGUGGCGCCCUCUGGAGGCAAAGUUGUAGCACCUUUAUUGUUGCUGAUUUUGUCAAGUCCUUUUGAAAGUGGUGUUAUUGACAAAUAAUCUCACCCUUCUGUAUUUUUACAGUGAAAUUUAUCACCUACUCUGAGCAUUUGCAUUGACUAAAUGAUGGUACCUACCCCCUCAAAAUUACCAUUCAGAAAUGUAAAAUCUUUUUCUUAAUGAUCUUGUUUGAUUUAAUGCAAUAAAAAGACAUAUCAGUCUGUAUCGUAACCCAUCAAAUACUCCUCACAGGAGCUUUAAAGGUAGAUUUUUUAAAGGAAAAACAUGCUUGCAUCCUAACUGGUGUUCAUAGCGGAGCUUACAAAUAAAGAGAUGCUUGUCAGAGGAGCUGGGGUGAAAAAAAAGGGCCAAGAGGAGAUUUUAUAUUGGAUCCACAUUCACAAGGAGAAAGUAAACAAAGCUGAAGUUUCUCUGAAACUUCUCUGUAGUUUUCCUAGUGUUUCUCUGUAACUGUUGUAUGUGUAAAUAAGGAAUUGAUUUCUUACAAAUCCCACUAUCACCUUUAAAGGUUACCACUGCCAAUGCUGUUUGUUGCAAUUUCCCACUUCCCACUUAAAUACAGCUUUUAGAGUAAAAUAUAUUUGAUUAAAAAAGGCAUUUAAAGCUCCUGUGUGGAACUUUUUUCCUUCAUGUUGAUUUUGGCGCCCCCUGUGACAAAGUAUUACUUCUUCUCUCUGUGCUUGUCUUGUCCUGUACAUGCUUAGCUGAUGUUUUCUGACAAAAAUCUCAUUCUGUCUUGCGUCCGUCAUUACCUUUGAGCACAGGAAAAGGUCACCUCACAAACUAAGACCAUUUGGAUCCAUAAUAAUCAAACUGACUGAUCACUUUAGAGCAGAUUUAAGUGUGUGAGUGUCUGAAUUUAUUAACCUCACGGUCACUUGUUCUGUGUUUUUCAGGCUGGUUUGACGACAUAUUACCAUCCCGGCAUCAACCUGAAGAAAGUCCACUAUGACAGUAUUAAAUUAUACGAGACUCUCGAGGCUGAAACUGGACAGGUGAGGCGGCUGGCUCAUCUUUUCUAACUUACAUGUGUUUGAGUUUUAUUUCUUAUCUUUGUGUGUGUUUAUGUGUGUCAAAGGCAGUGGGAUUUCAUACACCUGGUAGCGUCCGUAUUGCUGCAACUGCAGCCAGGGUGGAUGAGAUGAAGUACCAGAUGACCCGCACACACUGGCACGUGACGCCGCAGUACCUCAUUGGACCAGAGAAAGUUCAUGAACUCUUCCCUCUGCUGGAUGUCAAUAAGGUCUGUACGAACCGCGGAGACAAAACGGAAAUCUCACCAAAAGUUUCAGCUUUCUUCAGAUUGUUUUCAUGUAUAUUCAUGGUUCCAAGAAGAUACUUAACAAACCCUUUUAUGUAGUGCGACCACAGGGUGCAAACUACCCUGUACUACCAAAACUUAAUAUAAUGGACCAGUUUUCGUAACCAGUACUGCCAAAUUUAGGAAUUCAUGCUCCUCAGAAGAAGAGCAUUAUGCCAUUUGGGCUUUUUGUCUUCUUUUGCAUCUUUCUCUUUUUCGCACAAAAAUCUCCUAAAAAUUUAAAAAAGUAACAGAUUUAGAGGAACUUGAUCAGAAAUAUUCAUAGUACUUAGAGGAUACUUCACCCAUGAGGCAAAAAUGAUCCUUCGUCACAAAAAUUAGUCCCCAGAAUAUUCUUCAAAAUCCUUUUAUACAGCAUAACAACAAGGUAGAAAUUACCCCCCAGGACCGAGAUUUGCCUGAUCGAAGAGGACAGUCUCUGGAAAAAUGCUUGCAGAGUCAGGCAUUCAUGCUCCUCAGAGGAAGAGCAUUUCCCCAUUCAGUUAUCUGAUCUGGGCCUUUUUGCUGUCUUAGUCCUCUGGGUCAAAACUAUAAAUACACAAAAAAAAGUACUUCCAGGUCCAAGAAGAAAAUUUUCUUAUCAGGAGUUUGUAGCUCUUGUAUUGUCUUCAGGAUCUAACUUUUCACCAACAAAACCUCCCAAAGCUUUGGGACGUUUUGCCAGUUGUUAGAAAUUUUACCACAAAUAGUCAUGAUCCCCAGAAGAUACUUUAAGGGCCCUUGUACUUGCGCAUCAUAAAGUAAAAACUACCCUUUGCCUUCAAACUUGUCCUUACCUGAUAGGAUGAUCCCCAAAAACAGGACAGAUGUGUUCAGGCGCUCAUAACCCUGAGAGGUAGAACACUUUCCAGAUUGGACUUAAUCUGCUAAUCGUGUAUAAACCGAAAAAUAAUGGAUUUAUGAAUGUGUUGCCUGAAUUAGAUGGUUGGUCGAAGUCAUAUCAUGUUUCUUUAUGUCAAAGAUAUUGUUUUGUUUGUUGGUAAAUAAGAAAUCUGAAAUCUGUUUUCAGGUGUUAGCAGGUCUGUACACCCCAGGAGACGGCCACAUUGACCCUUACUCUCUGACCAUGGCUCUGGCAGCUGGUGCUCGUAUGUACGGAGCUCAAAUUUACAACCCAGCCCCUGUCACCAGUCUCAACCCAACCCCUGAUGGAAAGUGGGACGUCCAGACGCCUCAUGGAACCAUCAGAGCAAAUCGCAUCGUCAACGCAACAGGUCUGCACAUUAACAUUGUCAUCAUAAAUACACGCUCACAUUGAAGAUCCUGUUGUUGUUUCUUCAACCAACUACCAUAAUGUCAGAGUUGCACCAGUACCAGCAAAGUCUGCAAUGUGCAGUUUUUGUGCAACUGUGUAGCUCCUUUCUUUAUUCUAACACUAAUAGCUGUGAAGUAUAGACUCAGUACCCAGUUUAUCUAGACUUACGCCACCCACCUUCUCUGUCGCUUGUGGUCUUAAAUUCCAAUCCAAUCCAAUCUGCUUUAUUUAUAUAGCACAUUUUAAAAAAAAAUGCUGCACAGUAAAAUGAAAAGAACAAACACUACAGAAAACAUCAAGAGGAAAUAAGUAAAACCAGGUAAAAAAAACAUUUAAAAUAAAAUUAAAAAAAAAAAAAAAAAACUACAAAAGCGUAAAAAAGUAAAAGUGAUAAAAGGACCAUAAAAGACAUAAAAGGACAGAGAUCACACAACUCUCAUGCUGAACUGAAAGCCAAGGAAUAAAAAUGAGUUUUAGGACGUGAUUUAAAAAAAAAGAGUGGGAAAUUGCCACUCCAGGCUUCUUGAGGCGUCCUUUUUUGCGCGAACCAGCACUCCUCAAGGUUUAUUUGCUGUAUUGUACACAGUUGGAGUUAAAUGCAUGAUUAUAACCUCCUCCUCUGACUUCAUCUGUACCCAGCAUGCUUUGUAAAAAUAAGCAGUCACUUUCUUGUCUGAGCGCCAUCUACUGGGUAAAAAUAGAAAACACAAAAAUACCUCUCUAUCUUAUACAAGUUUAUUGGAUCCACCUGUGUACAGGACACUAAUCACUUCUUGGAAGCCAUAAAAAGGUAUCAAAGUGUGAGAAUAUUACAACUAUUUGACAGAUUUAAUAUUUUUCACAAUUAACUCACACAGAAGUAUUUCAUGCUUGUGCCUUCACAAAAACAAGCUCUGUGUCACAUUUAAGAUAUUUAUCUCCACAAACUUUACAAUAACUGAUCAAGUAAGACAUCAUUUAGAGAUUUUGGUUCCAAUUUAACUACAAGAAAAUCCCUCUUAUCCAACUUUGACUUCAGUCAUAUUUUGAUGCCGAACUUCUAUGACAGGGAACAUUUUUUUGCAGUUCUUUUUUAAAUUUAUUUUUAUUAAAUACAGAACCUGCACUGUAGUUUUUUGCAGUACUCCACAUAAUUUUCGCUGGUUGAAGACAAAAAGCAGACAUCCUCGGGUCAUUGUUCCAAAAGUCCUGUUAUCAGUGGACACCGCAGCAGAAGACCUUUGCACACACAGACUAACAACCCGUUUGAAAGAAAGUGAGUUUUAAACUCCGACUGGGUCAUACCAGUUCUGGGAGGAUUUCGUUGGCUGACACCCCUUUCAUCCCUGCUGCUUCUGCUUUUUUUAGUUGGCAGAGGUUCAGGAAUUUGCAGUGGUCUCUUCUCAGUCUCCCCUCUGUGGACGAUGUUGUGUAACAUGCAGCAAUUUGUGGGUCAUGCUCAUAAUUCUUUAGUCAUAUUUUCUUUGUAGUUUUAGAGGAAACUUCUGUGCAGCUUUAAAGUCAAUUGCAUCAAGAAGUCGCAAAAAUGCAUUUCAGAAAUAAUGCUGUGAAAGUCGUGGCAGCACAGAAAGGUCUGCUAAAAUGCUCGAGCACGCCUGAAAGCAAUGCUCUGUGGAAAGUAUCUUUAAAAUCUUUAUUGAACAAAUGUUCCAGAGCCUCAUUCACAUCCUCCGGCUCUGCAUUUUCCUCUUAAAUUUGCACACUCUGCAGUCCGGUUCAGGCCAGUAUUGUCAUGGGUCAUGUUGGCUCUUUGCCUUCUCUGUGUCCUGCAGCCAAUCCAAACAGGGCAGCAGUUCGCAUUUCAUCCAAUCUUCAAGCAGCAGCGCCUGCACACCUCCUGACACAGUCUUCUCUUCGGCUUUUUGCAGGUUUUUGUUUAUAUAGGCUAAAAGGCGUCUUUGCAUGAAUCAUUUCGUACAGUAAUACAACUUUUAAACUUUUUUGCUGCAAGUAAACCCCCUUUAUUGUAAGUUACGUUUGCAGCUUCUACAUGGGCUGCAGAAAUAUCCCUGUUGAGAUUGCAUCUAAUUUUUGAUUCUGCAACCUCAGCUUUUUUUAAACGUAUUGUGCCCAAAUUGUACCUUAAACUCAUUAUGCUGAAGAGACUGUGGUGCUGGGCUUACAUAACUCCAGCUAUCUAUAGUUAAACUUUCUCUCUGCUCUUUUUUUUCUUUCGCAUACUUCAUCUCUCCCAUUCUUCACCGCCACCCCCACAAACCUCUUCCUGAGCCUUCACCACUUCUUUUGUGUCAAUCCAAGUUCUCGUUUUCACCAAGUCCAUUCUUUCAUUGUUAAAACUCGAACCAGCCCCCUUUUUUAAUAAAUAACACCCCCUCUGUGCAAAGGCACCCUAAAUCAAGGUCAGAGGUCAUGUUUGUAGGAAUGUAACCCUCAGAGGAUCAGUUUUAAGAGAUGAGCUUUAAGACUCGAAGAGGAAAGGGAUAGUUUGGAAACAUUUUUGCAGCCUAAAGGAUGUUUAACAUAUUUUUUAAACCCUGAGUUUCCUGCCUCACGUUACUGCGGUUACAAUCACAGUUUUGCAGAGUCGAUCUGCUUCCUCGUGUCUGCAUGUUUUUUGGAUUUCUCUAUCUUCUAGCUGUUGCCUUCGUUUUAAAUAAUCAGUUGCCCUUUAUGUCCAGAGGAAAUAGAGGAUUGACUUCAGAAGUGGUUAUUUCUGUGAACUUGCUGACUCCAGUCACCACCACCCUUGGGUAACUCAGUGAAUUGCCCCUUUAUCCAGACAUUAGGGAAAACAUGUUUCUCUGUACUGCCCAGCUCCUGUCUAAACUGGCUGGAAUCUUAUCUGGAUGUUGUGUGCAUGCACCCCCACCCUCCUCCUCCUCCUCCUCCUCACUGUGGAAAUAGUUCACAUAUGGUGCACAUGCAGAAUAAAAAUAGACUUUGCAAAGUUAAUAAGCUGCAAACUUGCACGCAGUUUCACACAUUAACACUCAAACUACAACAGCUGAAGGUUGGGAUUUAUAUGAAUGUAGGUUUAAUUGUUGCAGCGGUGUUUAUGAGAGUCGGUCUUGCAACACAUGGUUGGAGAUAGCAGGGAGAUCAACAGGUCUCCAGCCGCCUCUGGCCUUACGUUUCAGGUCACAGCAGAGGAGUUGGCAAAAGUCCCGCAUUGAUCUUUGUAAAGUUCACGACCUACUUAUAGAUUAUGUGUUUUGUGACACUCACUACUGUCUUCACCCUACUUUAGUCAGCAGCAGCCUAUUUUUAAUGAAGAACAUAGAGGAGUGUUUAGAAGCUAAUGAGGUGGGUAUUUUCUGUCAGUGGGAGCUGGUGGAGACCAAAAACAGAGCUAAAACAGGCUGAAGGUUGACAUUCCUUUAUCAGGGAACUGGAAACAGAACUUUGAUCGCUGAUUUAUAGUUUAUAGUUUAAAGUUAGCUAAAAUCACCAAGAGCCAAAAAUGUAUGAAGCCUUGUGUGAUAGUGAAGUAAUGUGGACUCUUAAUUAUUGGAGAAAGAAAGAAAGAAAGAAAGAAAGAAAGAAAGAAAGAAAGAAAGAAAGAAGACAGAAAGAAAUAGUAAGAAACAAAGAAAGUAAGAGAAAAAAUGAAAAAAGAAAAGAGAAAGAAAUAAAGAAGAAAUAAAAAAGAAAGAGAAAGGAAAAAGUAAGAAAAGGGAAAGAAAGAAAAAGAAGUAAAAGGAAAAAAGAAAGAAAGGAAAUAAGAGAAAGAAAGAAAAAGGAAAAACAACAGAAAAAGAAAGAAAAAAGGGAAAAAAAGAGGAAGAAACAAAGGAGGAGAGAAAAAGGAAAAGAAAUAAAGAAAGGAGGAAAAACAAAAAAAGGAAUAAAAAGAAAGAAAAAAGACAGAAGGAAAGAGUAAGAAACAAAGAAAGUAAGAGAAAAAAGGAAAAAGGAAAAAAAGGAGAGAAAGAAAGAGAAAACAGAAAGAAUGAAAGAAAAAGAAAUAAAAGGAAAAGAAAGACAGAAAAAAGAAGAAGAAACAAACAAACAAACAAAAAAGAAAGAAAAAGAAAGAAAAGAGAGAAAGGAAGAGGAAUAAAGAGAGAAAAAGGAAAAGAAAGAAAUAAAGAUAGAAAAACAAUUGAAAGUAAAAGAAAAAGCAAAGAAGAAAGAAAAAAGAAACAAACAAACAGAAAAGAUAAAGGAAAAAGGAAGAAAAAGAAAGAAAAAAGACAAAAACAAAUAGGAAGAAACAGAGAAAGAAAGAGAGAGAGAAAGAAAGAAAGAAAGACAGAAAAGACAUUUUUAUCGAGGUUCUAGUUUUGUGUUUUUCACAUCUGAUCUUUACAUCUCCCUGACGUCAGCGCUUUAAUACGUGGAAACACAGCGCAGCAGCAGCAGCAUCGGUGGGAGAGAAACCUCCGAGGAGCCAUACAGUGAAAGAUGUCUGCUGUUACAUAACGUAUAUUACUGUACAUCCCUCAGGCGCAAUGUUGCUAUAAAUCCAAAUAUUAUCCUGUGUUCUCACAGAUGCGCCAGGUGUCGCAUGACGGUGUGGCUGUGGGCAGUGAGACGGAGGGUGACGUUACCGGUUUGAGCUGAUGGAGUGAACAUCAAGUACAAGAACUCUGUCAACUUUUAACGUGACCGUACGAAUUAAACUGUAAAAGCGUCUUUUUUUUUUCUACUCAUAAUCAGAACAUGAUAUCCUUGUGGCGUUUGCAGAUGUCCACUUGAUAUGAAUAAAUUGUUCUGGUUUCUUCGCGGCUGACUAUAAAUCAUCAAUGCAGUUUUCCUCAAUGCAAACGUUUGUCCACAUCGUUUCAUGUACUUUCCCCUCUUUCAGGGUACAGAGUGUCCAUUUUUGCAGCUGUUAGUGUUGGUGCUUAUUUCUGCAUGUUUGCACAUGUUAAUCUGAGAGACCAUGUUUUUAAAUUUUACUCUUAAAAUCACAGGAUUGGUUUAUAUGCUCUGCCUUAAAUAAUCUUUAAAACCUCCAGAGAAAUAAGACGUUUUUUGCCCUUGUCAUUCUCCCUCUUUUAGCCCUGUAUAUCUCAUAAUAUUAACCCUCAUGGUCAGUCAGACUCGUGGCGGCUGCGGCUCAGUCGGUACAGACUGUCCUGUAUCGAACACCAGGUAGAAAAACGCCACAUCCAGCACAUUCUGUCUGCAAGGAAAAAGUGAUUCACUGCUCCUACCAAACGGUGGAAGAGGGGCGUUGCAGGGGGAGUAACUUCUCACUUACAAACAAAAUCAUUCAUCAAACCUCAUGUGCCCACCAGGAGACAUAAACUGUAUUACAGGCACAAUAAAACAUGGAGGUGAUGGAGAACAGACUGUAACAGCCAAAUAUGCCGAAAGACGGGAGCAGUGGAGUUAGGACGGACAUGAGGAACGGUCCAAAACGUGCAAGAAUCACCUAAAGUGGUCAUUUGACAAACAUAAAUGUGAAUAUUUCACAGUACCUGAUGCCAUCUGUUGUUUUUUUUAAGGGUUCUGGGCUCGAGAAGUGGGUAAGAUGAUCGGGUUCGACCACCCCACCAUCCCAGUGCAUCACCAGUACGUGGUGACGGCGACCGUCCCGGAGGUGAAGGCUCUGAAGAAGGAGCUGGCCGUCAUCAGAGACCUGGAGGGGUCGUACUACCUGCGCCAGGAGAGAGAUGGUCUGCUGUUCGGCCCGUAUGAGAAGAUGGAGAAGAUGGUGCUGCAAGACUCCUGGGUCAGGGAGGGGGUACCUCCAGGUCUGUCCUUCUGAGCGAGUGAAAAACUUUGACAUUGAAAUUUCCUUCAUUCCAGUUUUGGUGAGAUCAAGAGCCUCUCCUUCUUCCUCUGACUGCUGCAGGUUUUGGUAAGGAGCUGUUUGAGUCAGACCUCGACAGGAUCAUGGAGCACGUAGAGAUGGCGAUGGAGAUGAUCCCUGUGCUGAAGAACGCUGACAUCAUCAACAUUGUGUCUGGACCAAUCACAUACACCCCUGACCUGCUGCCCAUGGUUGGACCACACCAAGGAGUCAGGAACUACUGGUGUGCCAUUGGCUUUGGGUACGUGUUUGCCCCGCAGAGCUUUAUCUCUCAUUUUUUAAGGGCUGCAGGGCUUGAUACUAACUUUUUUCACAAGGACCACAUGUGCUCUUGAGUUGAAAAAUUGAAGAGCACGCAAAGAACUUUAGGGGCACAAUGAAAACUGAUUAAAUAAUGUUUGUUUUAUUCGUCGACAUAAGUACUAUUAUUUGAAAUCAAUUUUAAACCUUUUGGUCACGACAUUGAAGCUAUUGAAGAAAAUGUUCAAAAUUUGCACAAAAAGUAAGUACAAAUUUAACACAAAAAUCCUAUGAGGACAAAUUAGCGAAAUAAAGAGGUGUGUCAUAUUGGUUGACAUAAGUACUAUUAUAUAAAAUCAAUUUUCGGUCAAUUGGUCACGUGACAUGGAAGUUAUUGAAGGAGAACAGCCUUUUCUGAGAACAUCAACUGGUAAUUUAUUGAUGGUCCCUUAUUUAACACCCGACGUUGACAGCGAAGAUGCUGAGUAGAUUUAACUGCGCUGCUGUUGCUAUUCCCGGUUAUAGAGAGUGAGAAGACAGCGGUAGAUCCGCAGUGAAUGUCCAUCGAAUAUCUAACCUAAAGCUAACUUCACCGCCAUAUUUACAUGAAAAAACAUUUGUUGCCUUGGUUAAUUGUUUUUAUACGCACAUGUGCCCCUAAAUACAUUUUACGAUUGGCACACAUCUAUUUUUAGUUGCAAAUGUGAGUGAAAUGGUCGUACUGUCGAGCCCUGGGCUGAUUUUAACACUCAAAACCUGAUUUGUCCUCAGAUAUGGAGUCAUCCACGCUGGGGGUAUGGGCAAGUUCCUGAGCGACUGGAUCAUGAACGGGGAACCUCCUUACGACCUGGUGGAGUGCGACCCCAACCGAUACGGCACAUGGUCAGACAUACCUUACAUGUGCGCCAAGGCUCGAGAAUCCUACGGCUUCAACAACGUGGGUAAGGAAAACUCAAACUCUGAUCGGACAAAGGCCUCCUCUCUUCUCUCAAAGUCUAAACUCUACAUAUUCUUUCCAGUCGGAUACCCCAAGGAAGAGCGAUUUUGCGGUCGACCAACCAGCCGAACAAGCGGCGUUUACGAACUACUGAAGGACAAAUGCUCCAUGGGCUUCCACGCCGGCUGGGAACAGCCUCACUGGUUCUACAAACCCGGAGAUGACACCGGAUACAAGUAAGGCGUCCAUUUAGCUUUUCAUAAACAUCACUAAGUGCGAAAAUUGAAUUAUUGACGUGAACAUGUCCUCCUCCCCAAAACUAGGGGGCAGUAUAGGUCUUUCCAGUGGCACUGUUUCCGGACCUUUUUUAAAGAUGUCUCAUUCCCUCGUUUUGCGACCAUCCAUAUACUUUAAAAUGUCCAUUUCUGUCAGGACGGAAAGCAUAAUGGCACUCUCCGUGUCGUUCCAAUUCCAAUCACAUUAUCUGGGUGUCUUAGUCACAGUUCUCCGACUCCAAUCAGAGUUCUCAAAGUCCGAUUAUAGUCGGACUAAGGUGUUUACAUGCACUUCAGUUGUCUGGUCUUAAUCGGAGGAAGGCAAUAAUUCAGGAGUGUCAUGUAAAUGUACUGACUGUCACUUUAAUUUGUCUAUAUUACAAUGAGCUGUGUCAGGCGUGAGGAAGUAAACACUCAAACCAAGUCCGUCCUCACUCCUCUCGUAGCCUUCGUUUUGUUACUGUCUUCAGUUUAAUUGCAAACCUGCUGUUGCCGUCAUCCGACUUGCCGUGCCGCAUCCAUUAUAUAUGAUGACCCCUCAUUAUGGCGUCGUAAGGGAGACAGAGUUAAGGCUCAGCCAGCACAUACCAAUGCAUACAGGGAAAUGCGUCUAGUUGUUGUGCAAGGAUGUCAAAAUAAAUCCUGGAGGUCAGAGUGUUCCCGGGUAAAAAUGGGAUGAUUCCAGCCGAAGACAAACAAGUGUUCUCAUACAAAGCUCCCUGCCAGGCCUCUCAGCUCAGAGCAAAGACAAACUCACCACAGAUCAUUUCACAGGACCUGUAACUUCAAGCAGCAGCACAAGAGAGCCAUUUAGAUCCUGAGACACCACAUGGAAAGAACCCAACAGCUGCUGACAACACAUGCAGAUAGCUAUCAAAGACCGUACUGGGCCAUGUGCAGGAUUUGAAGUCACUGGAUACACACCGUAAAAACCACAAAGUCACAGAAUUUAUGAGACAAUCCAGCAAGUGUUGAGUCCGUCAGUGUUUGCAUACAUGCAUUACUCAAAUCUGUGAAAUCAGAGGUUUAUUCUUGAACAGCUUGGACAGCGAUGAUCUUACUGUGCAGCUGUUUUUCCUCAUUCUUCUUAAACUGAGGUUACAUUUUUAGGCUUAAUGCCGGCACAGCACCAGAUACUGGGAUGGUGACUUUUUUCAGGACCUGUUGGAUGCACCGACACACAAUAAUGAUUCAUAAUGUGUUUUGACAUUCAUGGUUUCCAGAUGAUGAACCCUGAUCCUCUACUAAAGAUGUGGCCUACAUAUGUGGUUUUGACUUGAAAACAACCGAUGAAUCAGCUCAUUGAUGGUGUUUUGAAAUGAUCUGUAUCUGUCAUUGCCUGCGCUCAUGAAGUCAGUUAAAAGUAUCUGCAGACACUUCUGCCUUCAGCCUCUGCUGUUGAACAAUGUUAACAACACUAGGGCUGCAACUAUUGAAUAUUUUAGUAAUCGAGUACUCUACCGAAUAAUCCAUCGAUUAAUCCAGUAAUCUGAUAAGACUUAAUUUUUUAAUUGUUAAAGUGCAAUUAUUAAUAUACAAGAGAAAAUAAGACAUUUAACGUAAUAACAAUAACAGAAACAAGAACUGUGAAACAAGCGUGUGUGUUAGCAGAUUGCGAUGCUCGUAAGAAAGAAAGCUAAUUAUGAUAUAAACUUUCAUCAUGUCCCCAAAAUGUCAGAGAGCUGAAUAGCUCCUAUGUUACCUGCUUCUGCUACUAAACCAGCAACGUAAGGCUACAAGCUAGCAUGAAGUGGAGUGUGCAGAGCAGCACUGUCUCCGCCCAUGACUCAGAGGCGAAGUGCUAAUGAGCGACUGGAGCGCUGCAGAAGAAAAGCCCCUCUCAUCAUUCAUUUUUUCUGCUCCGCGAUACCAAAACUGCGAGCGAUAUUUUUUUUCAUAGGAUGGUAGGGGAAGGUCCCGCUUUCUUAGCCUCUGAUUGGCUAGAAGUGCUGGGCUCCGAUUGGUUAUUCCUUAUGGCUGUGAAACGUCAUUGUCUGUCUGGUUAGGGUUAGGAGAUUCAGAAUUGCGAUAAUGUUCUGUAAUGUUCUGUUUGAUGUACAGAGUCGACAGCCUGCACUCGGCUUGAGUGUGUGAUGAUGUUUCCAGCUUUUCUAGCCAAUCAGAGGCAAAGGAGGCGGGACCUUCCCCUACCAUCCUACAAAAAAAAUAUCGCAAACCGCGCUUACACCUCCUUCUACCUUGGUGACGCAAACACGUUGUCACCUUGAAAAUAAUCAGUGCGAAACAGUGACGAUUUGACUUUAUAAACCAGUACUCAAGGCAGAGAAAAUUCCUCAAUCAUAUUUUGUAAUCAAGGUACUCGAGCAAUUGAUUUAUCCCUCAACGACACCUGAAAUAAAAGUAUGUUUUCCCAUCCUAAAUGACAGUAUAUCAAGUCUUUUACAUUGGGCUCAUCAUGUCUUAAGGUGCUGCAUAAAGUCUGCGGUCCCUGGGCAAGAAAGCUAAAAUCUUACAAUACAAACGAUUGUUAGAUUUAUAGAUAUUAGCAUGUAGAAGCAGCACGCAGAUCAAGAGCGACACUUUCCAGGCAACAAGAAGCAGCUUACUCCAUCACUUUAAACAAUAUCCUUCCAUUGUACCUUCACAUCGGUUCUGCGUUAUACAAUACCACCAAUAAAAAGAAGUGUUAGAAAUUGGUGUUGGUAAGGUUUGUACCAAUUAACACAUCAGACUAAGAUAUAAAGAGUCCAUUGUUUUUGUGUUGUGUUCAGGCCCAGUUUCAGACGCACCAACUGGUUUGCACCGGUUGGCAGAGAGUGCAAACUAGUGAUGGAGAAGGUGGGAGUGAUCGACUUGACACCUUUUGGCAAGUUUAUAGUGAAGGGGAGAGACUCACACAAGCUGCUGGACCGCCUGUUUGCCAACACCAUGCCAAAGGUAGAGCUCACGCACACGUCUUUAUAAACUUCUCGCCUGUUGUUCCUGUAAUUUUGUGCACAAUGGUUGAUUAUCCAUCACGGAAAAACCAGAGUAGACCUCCUUAUCACAGGGCUUCACUAACUGUCUCCCUCUUUGUGUGUUCAGGUGGGUCUGACUAACAUCAGCCACAUGUUGACGCCCAGUGGGAGAGUCUUCGCUGAAGUCACCAUCACCCAGCUGUCUCCAGGAGGGUUCCUGCUCAUCACAGGCUCCGGGUCGGAGCGUCAUGACCUCAGGUAAAACUUGAUCUCAACACAAGAUGAUAAUCACUUCAUUAACCAGGGUUGACAUUUAAACAUGAUAUGGAGUCCUAAUUGUCUAUGUUUGUCCAGUUAUUUUUAGUCUCUGAAUUCAUUUCCCAGAUAUGAUUAAAGGUGAUAUUUUCCGUAAUGCUUCAUAUAUAAAAACACAAGUCUUCUGGAUGAGUGAGAUACGCUGAUAUUAUGUGAAACGAUAUAUAAAACUGAAUGGGAGGAUAAGGAAACAAAACAAUACGAUACAAUGAUACAGGCAUUAAAAUAAUGCAGCUUUAAAGUACAAAUUAGUAUGAUUCAAUUUAUUAUGAUACAAAACAAUAUAUAAUACCCAAAUUAACAAUAUGAUACAAUACAGUACAAUAUGAUAUUAUAAAUUCAAUAAGAUACGAUAUGAUGCGAUAGGAUACGAUAAAAUAUGACAUGAUAGAAAACGACAUGAAGGAUAUGGUUCUAGAAAAUAUGAUAAAUUAUGAUGCAAUCCAAUGCGAUAAAAUACGGUAUGGUAAAAUACUGUAAAUUACGAUAUGAUAAAAUACAAUACCAUAAAAUACAAUAUGGUCAAGUAUGAUAUGAUAAAAUACGAUACGGUAAAAUGCAGAAAGUUACAAGACAAUGCGAUUGGAUGUUAUACGAUAAAAUAUGUUAAGGUACUGUUUGAUAAGAUAAAGUACGAUACGAUAAAAUACAAUACCAUAAAAUAGGACACGCUAAAGUAUGAUACGAUAAAAUAUGAUACGAUACAAAAAGGUAAGUUACGAGACGAUGCGAUUGGGUGUUAUACGGUAAAAUAUGUUAUGCUACGAUAUGAUACAAUAAAAUAUGAUACAAUAAAGUAUGAUACAAUAAAAUAGGAUAGGAUAAAGUGUGAUAAGAUAAAGUACGAUACGAUAAGAUAUGAUACAAUGAAGUACGACACGAUAAAGUACGAUACGAUGAAAUGCGAUACAGUAAGUUAUGAUACGAUUAUAUACAAUUUGAUUCGAUACUUUGAUGUAUGAUAAAAUAAGAUAUGAUAUGAUGCGAUAUGAUAUAGUUAAAAUAAGAUAUGAAAAAAUAGGAUACAAUCAAAAUUAAAAUUGUUCAUUUUGAUGGCAGGUCUGGAUGCAGCAGGUCCAGCUUCUGUCAUCUAUUAAACAGGGAUGACAUUUUUUGUUUUCAAAGAUGAAUAUGUGAGCAAAAUUUAAAUCUGUCACCGGAUUUUGUUUCCCAUAAUGCAUUGCGAGACCUCUGCUUAUCAACUUGGUUGACAGGAUUUCAUUUAUUUAAACUUCUACUUUUAUUAGAAAUCAACUAUUUUCCAAUGCAUUCAAAUAGCUUUUGCAGCAGAGUUUCAAGCAGGAGAGUUUCUUUUAGUUUUCAAUAAUCCCACAGUAUCCCUACAGCAAAAUAGGACUGCUUGAAUAGGACAUAAGGAGUCUCUUUAAUAUGCAUGACAGAGCUAACACCUUAAAGCCAGACAGUGAAAAUAGGCAAUAUAGAAGAACCAGCUGAUUACUUGAUACUCAAACUCAAUGUGUUGUAUUUUCUGAAUAGCUACACUCCAAGAAUCGUCUGUUUUGAUGCUCUGUUUCCAGGAAGAUACUCAAGUUCUCUUUCAUUCAAACCUGAGCUGAAGCUUAAACUCAGUCUGUGCUGAAAUUAAAUUCCCUCACAGUCAGUUUUAUACGGCAGAAACCGAAAACCUCUGAGCAGCUGUCAACAAAACGCCCCUGCAUUUGCUCCAAUCAGGACGCGGCACAUUAGACCGACUCACUCACUAAAAAGUAACUCCUCUCUGGACAAAAUCAUUACAAGCUGUGUAGCAGCCUCUAGUGGGCCGUUCAGGGAGGUGGAAUACACCUCAGACACCUGGGUACAAAUCAGGGUGAAAAUUUGGUGAUUAUGUUUAUCCUUUAAAAAAUUAACUUUUGAUUGCAUGUAUGUUUGCUCGCUGUUUGCAUUAAAACUGAUGCAACUGGGGAUGCAGUUAUAACAAAAGUCUUCCUCUGUUCAUCGAACUCAGGUGGAUUGAGGCCGAGGCUGCAGACGGUGGAUACGAUGUGGACAUCACAAAUGUCACAGACGGUAUCGGUGUGCUGGGCGUCGCAGGACCGAACUCUCGCAGCGUCCUUCAGAAACUGACAGACGAGGAUAUGAGUGAUGCAGGAUUCAAAUUCCUCCACUGCAAGUCCAUCCAGCUGGCAGGUCUUCCCGUACGGGCCAUCAGGAUCUCCUACACAGGUACUAGACACUACCUCUGCAAAAUCCUCGAUACUGGUUCCAAGUUCCUGUUGUUACAAACUUGAGAUGUGUGUUUGUGUUCAGGUGAGCUGGGUUGGGAGUUGUACAUCGACCAGAAGAACAUGGCUGCUGUGUACCAGGCCAUAAUGGGGGCUGGAAAAGAUGAAGGAAUCGACAAUUUCGGGACCUAUGCCAUGAACUCCCUCAGACUGGAGAAGGGCUUCAGAGGCUGGGGAGCAGAGGUGCUAACACUCACACGAGAAAGACCUCAAAACAAACAUGUCAUUAACAUAACAGCCAAACCACAGGGAGCAGGAGUGAUGGAUGAAAUUAUCCUGUUGGACCUGAAUACUCAUGAGAAUAUCUUACUUUUUCAGAUGAACUGUGACACCAACCCUCUGGAAGCUGGUCUGGACUAUUUCAUCAAAAUGAACAAGGUAACCGUCAAAGGUCUCAUUAUUUCAUCCUCAACAAAGAUGUGACUUUAUUUUAUGCAAUGUGUAUUUCCAGGGAACCUCAAAGCUGCUGGUUGCAAUAAAAUGACGUCUAAUUACUUAUCAAAAAGUCAUGUGAGUUUAGAAUUUGAGGUCUAAAAAGUCCUAUUUUUUAGAAACCAAUAUCAGACUCUGACUUUUCUCUGGGCAUUUAUUUGAUCAAAGUUAGUCUUCCUGAGCCUGUAACUAGACCCACUUCCUUAGCAACAGUCUGUUAUUUGUUACUGCUAUCAAGAAAUAACAGACCACUGCUUUUUACUGUUGCCAUGCAUUCGCCCAAUCAGAAUCAAGUGCUUAAAGCAAUUAGGUAAGGAGUUUUAAAGAACAGGUCUUUGCUUUAUUCUUCAUCCAGCCCGCAGAUUUUAUCGGCAAAGCAGCUCUUCAGGAGAUUAAGGCGAAGGGCCUGAGAAGGAAGCUUUCCUACAUCACCCUGGACACAGACGACAUCGACCCCGAAGGCAAUGAGACCGUCUGGUACAAUGGAAAGGUAAAUCAGCCAUAGUUAAAAGGAUAUUCUGGCGUAAAAUUAAUUUAGGGUCAAACACACCACAACACCGAGUUAGACAACCCCUCGAGAGAUGAAUGUUGCCGACUGCUUGCUUCUCUAGUUAUACCAACUUUAGUAACGACCGAAGGAUAGCAAUACACAGCUGUCUGAGGAGCCAUAAACAAACCUCAACCAAAACGCCACUCUAUAGCCACAAAUAAUGCUCAGAACAGCACCUAACUUCAUCAACAGUACUUAUAGGGUCCCAGCCAGAGCACUAGCCACCAAACAUCUUUUUAACUUUGCCUGAUUUCUUUAGCAAAGAGACUGAACACAACUCACCUACUCUCUUCCAGCAGCCGCUUGUUUGUAGCGAGACCUCAGGCCAGUUCAUUACGGACUACAGCGGGGUGACGCAGCUCAAGGAAGAACAUUUAUGAUCAUUUCUUUAUCAUUUCCUUGAAGUAAUAAUCACCAUAUUAAUCAUUUGGCACUUCAGAAGCGGUAGUUCUUCUGCCUUAGCGUCUCGGUCUGAUUACAUAUCAAUGAAGAAAUGAUCAUACGUGUUCUUCAUUGAGCUUUGUGACCCCGCUGCAGUAAGUAUUGGACUGGCCCAAGGUCCCGCUACAAACAAGCGGCUGCUGGAAGAGAGUAGUAGGUGAGUUGUGUUUAGUCUCUUUGCUAAAGAAAUCAGGCAAAGUUAAAAAGAUGUUUGGUGGCUAGUGCUGUGGCGAGGACUGUAUAUGUACUGUUGAUGAAGUUAGGUGCUGUUCUGAGCAUUAUUUGUGGCUAUAGAGUGGCGUUUUGGUUGAGGUUUGUUUAUGGCUUCUCAGAUAGCUGUAUAUUGCUAUCCUGCGGUCGUUACUAAAGUUGGUAAAACUAGAGAAGCAAGCAGUCGGCAACAUUCAUCUCUCAAUGGGGUGUCUAACUCAGUGUUACAUUGUGUCUGACCCUAAAUUAAUUUUGUGCCGGAAUAUCCCUUUUAAGACAUCAAAUUCAGCUUUAUUAUUUUUUGUUAUUUUGUUUUAACUUUUAACUUUACUAUCCUUAUCAGGUUGUCGGCAACACGACAUCUGGAGCGUUCAGUUACAGCUCUCAGCAGAGCCUGGCGUUCGCCUACCUCCCUCUAGACCUUUGCUCCGUGGGUCAGAAGGUCGAGGUCGAGCUGCUGGGGCGGAAAUACCCCGCCAUGGUCAUCCAGGAGCCGUUAGUUCUCACCGAGCCCACACGGACCCGUCUGCAGAAGAAGGCCAAGAGCAAAGCGUAAAGAAGCCCGGCCAAUGAAGAACGGUUUUCGCUCUGAUGGAUGAAUUGAAGUCUUAUUUUGAAAAAACAACAGUGUGUGGUCCAUGUUCUGAACUGUUGGUGGCUCUACAGCCUCCUUUUCCUGUGCGUCUCUUAAUGAGGAGGAAGUUAAAGAAGGAGUCAGCGUCAGAGAGCUCAGUGCAUCUUAUGAAAAAGGGAAAGAAAUUUAGAUUUUUCUUGAAGCACAAAGUCUUACACGGUUUGAAGAGUGAUUGACUUUCUGUAAUUCCAUGAAUGGAUGUUAAUGUUUUUGUAGGUCAACAUUUGGGCAUUACAUGUAAAGGGAGCUCGGUUCUUGAAACAGAAAUGCCCUCUGUGUUUAUAGACAUUUCAAAAAAAUAAAUAACAGUGUGAGAGUUUACAAUCACAAGAACUUUAAGACUGUGACAAAUGUAAGAAAAACAUCGACACUAGUUACCUACAGAAACAAAGUGCUCACUGAGUUGUAUAAAGAUUGUUUUAUAAAUCUGUUUUGUAUCGAUAAUAUGUGAUUAAAUCAGUUUACAUUGAUAAUUAAAGCAAUGCACUUGCUGUCCUGUA